GAUCCCCGCGUCUUUCGCAAUUGAAGGCCAAGCUCAGCCCUACGCGGCUUCCGCUUCCGUCAUCUCUCCUCUCAUGAAGAAACGUCUUCCCCCAGUCUUAUCAGACGCGAGACGAAGGGUUUACUAAUGGUGUGUUACACGAUAAGCCAUGCGAUUCGUUCUCCGGCAGCUAUACAUGGAUUUGGCAUCACGUGUAGAACAAGACGACGUCAGAGCGGCCAAGCCCCCACAGCCUGCGGGUGUGCGGGCGCAAGACAUACACAGUAGUCACUAUCUUGUAUGCCGGCCGAUGAUGAUCGCCCUUGGCAUCAUCCGGGUAAUAUGUAUAAAGACAAUGCCUGUAUGAUCAGCGUCGUUCAAGACAGACAUCAUUCAAUAUGGAAGAGCAAAUCGUUCGAUUGGUAGACAGAACAUGGGACAAGUUCCAAGACGUCCCUGCGUCGAAGAGGCUUCUCAUCGCUGUAUCAGGCAUACCCGGCUCCGGCAAAACCACACUCGCCGCCACAGUCUCCAAUCGCCUCAAUAAAAAACAUGUCCAGCAAUCUCCCGGAACGUCCAACAGCAGCCCACUUGCAGCAUUCAUCCCCAUGGACGGCUACCACCUCUCGCGAGUCCAACUCGACGCCAUGCCAGAUCCCGCAAACGCACAUGCCCGCAGAGGCGCAGCGUUCACAUUCGACGGCGAGUCCUACUUGCGGCUUGUGAAGAACCUACGGGAAUCGAUCUUACCAGAGACAAAAACCCUGCACGCCCCAAGCUUCGACCACGCCGUCAAAGACCCGGUUGAAGACGACAUUGCAAUAGCACCGUCCGUUCGCAUUGUGAUCUUCGAAGGCAACUACUGCUCUCUCAACUCGGCCCCGUGGAAAGACGCCGCAAAGCUCAUGGACGAAUUGUGGUUCGUCGAUGUCGAUUUCAAGGUUGCGAGGAAGAGGUUGGUCUACAGGCAUGUGAAAGCUGGGAUUGCAAAGAACGAGGAAGAGGCAGGAAAGCGGGCAGAUGAGAACGACCUGGUGAACGGGCAAGAAAUUGUGGACAACAGGCUCGACGUACAUGAGCUGAUCAAGAGCCACGAAGAUGCAUAUUGGGCCCCAGAGGAGCAAGGUGUAGGCGAUGGCAAGGAUUCUGGAACAUCGAAAGAAAUGGCAGAGGCUGCAUGAUGGUUGGCGUGAGAAGUUUAUUGUAUAUAGAUGUGAGUAUGUGUCGUUUCGCAUGUCGUCUUUGCUAUCGAAACUUUCAGCUUAGUUCCGUCAAAGCUUUGACGCCUAGUUUGCGGUUGUGGUAUAAUCAUUGUUGUCUUUGCAUAUAUCAAAGUCUAAUCAUGCUAAAUACCCAUUGGCCUUCGUCGCAUA